CAAUCUUUUUUGUCACCUGGGCCUGGGCCGUAGUUUGACAGACGUUGAAAAUGCCGAAAUAAACAAACAUUUUUGCCACGGUAAAACAAAUUCGUUAACAGAAUUCUUCGCUAGUUUAGGGUGCCAAAAACUGCAAAGGCAAACGAAACGAUGCGAGCUCAUUGCAAUUAAAGCACUUCGUACCGCAUCCGAACACAAUCUCAACUCAGGCAGCUAAAUGGAGUUGCCAUUACUCGGCGAUACGCUGAUCGUUCUUGUGUCGCAGCUCAUUUUCUUCAUCGGAGGAUGGGUAUUUUUCGUGAAACAGCUCUUCCGCAACUACGAAAUACGGCAUGUGUUCGUACAGCUCAUCUUCUCAUCCACGUUGGCCCUUUCGCUGACGAUGUUCGAGCUGAUUAUUUUCGAAAUCAUCGGCUUCUUGGAUUCAACGUCACGCUAUUUCCACUGGCGCCUGGGACUAACGCUGCUGCUUAUCAUGGUGAUCGCCGUAAUACCGUACUUGAUCGCAUAUUCCUGCAUCAGUAAUGUGCGAAUAGUGCCUGCCAGAUGGGUUCAACCAUUGACGACACUCAUCUGGCUUUGCUAUUUGUACGGUUUCUGGCGCAUAGGUGACCCGUUUCCACUGCUAAGCGUAAGCCGAGGCAUCUUUACGAUCGAGCAAGCAGUAUCACGUAUCGGUGUGGUCGGUGUUACCGUGAUGGCGAUACUGUCCGGAUUCGGUGCAGUAAACUACCCUUACACCAGCAUGUCUUAUUUCAUUCGCCCCGUUUUACAAAGCGAUGUGGUGAACCUAGAACGACGAUUGCUGCAAACGAUAGACAUGAUACUGGUGAAGAAGAAGCGCAUUGCGCUUGACCGUAGGAGGAACAAACCGAACCAAAAACAAAGCAUCUGGGGCAUGAUAAGCAGUGUCACGCAAAGACCUGCCGGUGCUGAAAACAUUGGCCAGCUACGAUUAGAAAUUUCCGCACUGGAAGAACUGUCCCGACAACUGUUCCUUGAAGCGCACUCGAUGAAAAACAUGCAGGAACGGCAACGAUGGGCAGCAACACUGCAGGGCAAAUAUUUUAACGUGCUGGGGCAUUUUUUUAGCCUUUACUGUUUGUGGAAAAUUUUCAUCUGCACAAUAAAUAUAAUUUUCGACCGGGUCGGCAAAAAGGAUCCGGUAACGCGCGGCAUCGAGAUUGCGGUGCACUGGUGCGGGUUCGAGAUGGACAUUGCGUUCUGGAGCCAGCACGUUUCCUUCCUGCUCGUGGGCUGCAUCGUGGUCACCUCCAUCCGUGGCCUGUUGCUAACGUUGACGAAAUUUUUCUACAAAAUUUCCUCCAGCAAAUCGUCCAACAUUAUCGUGCUGGUGCUGGCCCAGAUAAUGGGCAUGUACUUCUGCUCGUCCGUGCUGCUAAUGCGCAUGAAUAUGCCGGCCGAGUAUCGGGUCAUCAUAACGGAGGUGCUGGGCGGUUUGCACUUUAACUUCUACCACCGAUGGUUCGAUGUGAUCUUUCUAGUUAGCGCUCUAGCGACCAUUGUCGUGCUGUAUCUGCUUCAUAAGCCACCGAACGUCGACUCUAGUAUGUAACGAGGGCAAACAUAAUUUGAUUAUUGCCUGCAAUCUGCAUGCCACGCAAAAAAAAACUCCGCGGUGGGAUGAUGAGACGUUACGACUGUUCUACGUGUAACCUUCAAUGCCAUGCGAUGUGGACCAAACGCGGACAAGCCUCUACGCUAAUGUAACGAAAGCCAAGUGAUCGUAUUAAUAAUUGCAGUUAAUGUUCAUUACCUUUUAGCCGGCUCAUGUUGCCCUCCGAAACAGCAACAGUGGCAGAGUGUUCUCGUACCGACACCCCAAAUAUGCGCCAUGCAAUUUCUCUCACGCGUUACGCUUGAUUAAUCUGCUUUAGUUUUGUUCUUUUAGUUUUUUUUAAUUCAUUCCGACCUACGCGACGGGAAGCUGGAGACAUUAUGAUAACUGUUGAUGUAAAUAAUCGAGAGGAAAAAAAACCCAACAAUCAAUAGCAACAAAUAAACCGUUGUAUUGGAAUGGAAA